GGAGAAUGGAGGUGAUAUUUGUUUUCAAGAUGACUAUAAGUUGUUCUAAAUGAAUAAAAAUCAAAUAAACGAGAAUGAAUAGGGUUCAAAAUGCCAGUGGAACGGUCGUUCCACACAAUGACAAAAGUAAAGACUGGCAGCUAGAAAUUUUAAUGGAAAAGCUGAGAUCUAAAACUUCUCAAUGUAAAAGUUUGGCCGAAAUAUCCAAGAACGUUCGCAUGACAUUAUUGGAGAAAAGAUAUGCAUCGGAUAGCGUUGAAAAGAGCCAACACCAGAAAUGUUUGGAUACUUUACAACAUUCAAUUAAAGUCACUUCUUUGCAAAGUAUGGUCGAAAGAUUGGAAAGUUUAACUAGGCAAUUAGGAUUAAAGUUUGUUGUGGAACAUUCAGGUGUAUUUAUAUCGUCAGACAUGUUUUAUUUAGAAAUAGUAUUAAGCCCAACAGGAGCAGUGGAUGAUGUGAAAAUACACCAUGAAGGCAAGAAAGAACAACAAAGCUGUACAGAAUUGGUCAAUUGUCUGUCGAAAGGCGAUUUUGCGGAUUUUACAGCCCAGCUGGAGGGUUUCGCUUCGAUUUACCAACUAAACGCAGAAAAAAAGAUCAAAUGCAAAGCAUUUAUUGCUUUAGAAUCUCUAGAAGCGGACCUCAUCACAUUAGCUCAGCUGCAGAUGUUUAUGAAAGAACCUUUUAAUUUGAUACACAAAUCGCCAGUGGGCAUAUUGGAGAAGAGAAAAGGCGGCCACCCCAUGAAAUUGACUUAUUUUGUAUCACCAUAUGAUUUGCUAAAUGUAGAGAAAAACGAAAUAGAGCCAAUUAAUAUAGACACAAUUACUAGCAAAAGUUUGGGUUACAGCGUUACUGUAUGUAUGGAAGGCUCUGCAGCUCAUAAACUACAAACUUCUACUUUAAUUACUGUUAACAGAGGACUUAAUGGGAAAAGCACCCCUUCAUACACUUCGUUGAAUAACCAAAAUAGCGCGGUAAUUCCAGCGUGCUUUCUACUGAAAUUGAACAAACCUCUACCGCUCUGCUUGUCUUUAGUAAGACAAAUCCAACAAAUCUACCCUUGGACAGAAAUAGACAACGCGCCCGUUCAACCCCUGUUGAAUCUUAUCGUAACUCACUGCAGCGACGAAAAAAUGAAUUCCACCAACAACAAAGGAUUGUUUGUUACGCUGCCGGACCAAAGUCAUUGCUAUUUCAUGACGGAAAAUAAGAACAUGAACGGAGUAUUAGUAACGAGCAUACCUUUCACACAUCCUGCUCAUGUUGCAAGCAUACUCAUGAUUUUAAGGGAGCAGGCUUUGUUCAAUACUAUUAUAGCUAGUUGUGUUAGACCCAAUAGCAAGCAAGAUUUCGAAAAUAUGACGAUAUUCGAAGUAAGCGCCCUAUCCUCCACGCAUAUAUCAAUAUCACUCGAGCACCCGGUGGAAGAGAGUAUGGCAACGGCCGAAAUCGAUUUAUCCGACAUAUCGAAUUUAAUAUGUCGAGUGCACAAUCCCGGCUCCCCGCCGCCCAUCAACGCCUCCGACAUAGCCACGGAGCUCAGUUCGAAGAUCCUGAACAAAUCCUUUUCGAUACCGGUGACGCUCCGUUCGGUCAUCAAGCUGUGGGAGAAGCAAUCGAUGCGCAGAAACCACUUCGGCGGCCACGAAAAUUUUAACUUGCCCCUCGGAUCCGGCGAUCCCGGGGGGCCCAAGGACCCGGCCGCCAACAAUCUCGUCGAAUUCGGCGGUCUCAACGAGAAGAUCAAACAAGAACCUUCGGGGAAUUCGAAUCACAACGUGAUGAUGCAGGCCAGCCAGGAGAUUUUCCUCAAUCAAUCCAUGAUGGCCUCGAAUUUUCAAAAUUUCCCACCUUCCGAUGGGGUACUGACGACUUUGGAACUCACUAAUAUUCUAUCUGAAAAUAUGGAUAAAUGUUCCAAGCGCCUAAAACGCAAGCAAGAAGAAAGCAACAAAAGUGGCAAACGGAAGGUGGGAGGAACAGAAGACUCUGAUACGAUCGAGUCCUCCAGCUGCGAUUCGACGUCGAGAAGUACCCCAUUGUCACAAGAGACGGAAAUCCGAACGCCCAACUCGCUGUUGGGGUUUCAAACGGACCUUGAGCUCUCUGUCUCGGGCAUCGAUCCCAUGGAACUGUUGGGCUCCUCCGAUAAAGCCGAUGAAGAUUUCGAUCGUUUGGAAGACGUGGAAAUCGAUGAGAUAUCGUCGAAGGAAUUCAAGAGGGAAUUAAAGGAGAAAUCACCGAGUAGGCACGAACCUGAGGAGAAGCUGACCGGUUUGACUAUUGUGCCUAUACCAUCGAGUAGUUCGACGAGCUUUAAAGACAAGCGGAUCUCCGAGUCCUCGCCCAUAUCGAACUCCUUGACUAUUACUCCUAUACCUAAUCAACAUAGGAGUUUAGACGAGAAGAGCAGGGAUAAAAAGAGCCGAUCCUCCAGAGACGAAAAGAGUAAAUUGGAGAAGAAACGAAAAAGGAAAAGGGACGAUGAAAGCCCAAUGGGUCCACCCGAAAAGCUGCCUCACAACCUUUCGAAAUCGAUUAGUUCAUUAAAAUCGACAGAAUCGCCUCCUUUAACCCCCACGCCAUCCUCUCCAAUAUCCGUAAGAAAAUUCAGUCCUUCUCCCACGCACAACCGCCCGGCGUCCCUCAGCGGCAAGCUCAGCCCGAACACCAUGAAAAGCGGCCUGAAAACCGGCUCCCAUCACAGCCCCAAGGGCUCCCCGGCGCACAUCCCCAGCAGCCCCAAACAACCGAUAUCCGAACUGUCGAGUCCCAAGCAUCACGGCACCUCGCCCAAGCACACGUCGACCAGCUCCGGCAAGCCCAGCAUGUCGGCGCUGAAGAGCGCCGCCAGUUCCCCCUCGAGCAAGACCACCGGCGACGUCAAGACCAAGUCGGGCGGCUCGAAGGACGGCUGCAGGGACAAGGAGAAGGCGAAGCUGUCGGGCGGCUUGGGCGCCGCCGGCGCCAAGACCAAAAGCUCCUCCGCCAAAGUGAAGCUGUUGGAGCUGAGCGGCGACCUGACGGCGGACGGGAUGCCGUCGCCCAACGGCGGCAACGACGUCAAAUUGAAUUCGUCGCAGUUGCGGAUCAACCGGAAGGGCUCGCUGUCGGCGAUCGUCGACAAGCUGAAGGUGAACGCGCAGCACUGCGACGCCCCGUCGGGCGGCAACAAGGAGAGGACGGUCGGCGGCGUCGGGAAAUUGAGCGAAUCGAGCGGGAAAAUCGUCGCGAAGCUGGGCGACGCGAAGAAUUCGGAGUACAUGGUGAAACCCAGCUCGGACGGGAUGAAAAUUACUAUCAACAAGACUCGCACUAAGGAUAAUUCGUCGUUGAAUUCCGUCGUGGUUACUAAAGUAAGCAGUACGAGCUCGCCUAAAACCCACACGGGCCUGAAGCCGGGCGUUAACAGCGGUCCGGCCUCGAAGAAGCCCCAGCAACUCCAAAAAUCGACCAAUUCACUGCUGCCAAAUUCGAUCACAAUUACCUCCAGCAACAGCGGGAAUAACAGCGCAAAGAGCUUCGCGCCCGGCAACAAAUCGGUGUCGUCCGGCUAUUCGAAAGUGUCCGGUUCGUCUAAUAGCGGUACCGGCAGCACCGGUGCCGCUCUAUCUAAGUUCAGUUCGAAACUGACGGGCUCGCCCAAAACGAACUCGUCCGCGUCCGAUUUGAUCCGCUCCAAGGAUAAGUUGAAAUCCGGCAAGAUGAACCCCGAGAAGUUGCUGCUGUCCUCGCUGAAGGAAUGCAAAAAGUCGAGUCCCACGCAGAGCAGGGAGGAGGUCGAUAAUAUCUACAAAAUGACGCAAUCGAGUCUGAUGGAGGGCAGGAUCAAAACGUUGGACAAGAACUUCCAAAUACCGAAACUGUCCGCCAGAACGUCGGACGAUAAGAAACCCGUUCGCAACGAACCGUGCAACGUUAACAGAACGAAAUCCGAGCCGAAAAUUUACGAUAUCAUGAAGAACGAUUCGACCAAAUAUCCCGCGAUCAAUCAAACGUUCGAUACCGCCAUGGAGACGAAGAUUCGAAACAACCUGAACAGCGUUCCCAUUGGAGUGACUGUUACCGAAGAAGAAAGUAACACUAAAAAAGAUACUUCCAUAAAUCCAAUAAGCAUACAAGUCAAAGACAACGCCAACAAAAUGGAUUCGAUGCCGCCAUCGAAAUUGUACAACUGUUCAAUGCCGGACUUCGGCUACCCGACGAAAUCGGUGGAUUUUUCGUCGAAAUUCGUGGCGCCAGCGCCGCGAGACGACAGGAAGGAUUCGCGAAAGAACGACGAAGUGUUGGAUUUCAGCUCGAAGCCGCCGGCCCUGCCUCAAUCUCCCUCCGUCAGUGUUCACAUAGUCAAAUCGCCGGCGCCUAGCCCUCUAAUCAACCCCAGUCCGCAUUCCGCGUCGCCCAGCAUAACGGACGACGAGCUAAUGGACGAAGCCUUGGUGGGAAUGGGAAAAUAGUAAACGCGUUCGAUGUGUAGGAAUUUUUAUCGACUUCGUGGCCCUGGGGAAGGGCUACGGAUAAUCCGGAAGGUGGAUUUCCCUUUAGGGCGUAACUUACGUUAUAAUGUUUCUUAGACGAUUUCUCUCUAAUUGUAAGAAAUCUUCCAAACGCCCGAUGCUGGAUAAAUUUGCUCGAAUUAUUUUUUUGUAUGAUUGCUCGUGCGGGAAGACUUAUAAUGUAUAGUACGCUUUAAUUUGUUAUUGAAGAAAACUACUACGAUAAAUAUGAGUAAGCGGGUUUCUUUAAUAAUUUAGGGUAAAGGUUUUAUUGCACUUGAUGAAGUGCUGGAAAAUGAGAGUAUUAAAAUACAAGUUUAACACAAUCGCUCUAAUCCUUUUGGCCUGAUUGAGCAAAAAAUUGAGGUGCGGCAAAUAAAAUGUUGAUCAGAGAGAUCUCAGACAUGUAAUGGAAUUGCAUUCUGAAAAUAUUUAAUAUUGGAUAUGCUACUUCUGGUUCUUACAGGAUAUUGCAUGUAAUUUGGUAUAUCGUUUUUCAACUCAUUGGCUACUACAGCCGCACUUAAAAUCCAAGAAAUGCGAUAAUCUAGUGGCUGUAGAUCCAAUCUUACGCAUCAUAGAUAAUAUUACGUUUUGUUGUAGCGCAAUUUCCAGUGUAAAUAGCAUAUCAAGCGAGUAUUUGCAUUAAAUCAUCCCUUAAAAUCCUCAUUCCUAGUCCUAUUUUCCAGAUUUCAAUUCCAUUUAGGCUUUUCUAAGAUCUACCGAAUUGAUGUUUUAUCUGCUGUACCUUGUAGAUAUAUUAGUUUAGUAUAAUGUAAACAUAAUUUACUAUUUUUAAAAUAUUGUAGAUAAUUAC